AAAACAAUAUAAUAUAUGAGCCCUAAAUUGGAAAUUUGCUGAAGAAAAAACUGAACUUUGUAAUGGGGAUUGAAGAUUGAGAUUUGGAAGUUCACCGAUCAUGGUGUGGCCCUGCGUUCUUCCAGAUAAAGACUUUCCACCGUCUUCACGAACUUCAUUUCUUCACUGCACUCUUCAAAUCCACGCGUUUCUCGAUUCUUCCUUCUGUAACUAGGUUUCCCAUUUCCCAAUUUUGAUCGCUGUUUGUAUCGCAUCCCUCAAAUGAAUUUCUUCAGAUCGGUAUUCUCCGACGAGCCAGAUUCCACGCCGCCGUCCGAAUCUGGACCGCGAUCGCCUGAAAAAGCGCUACUGAAGGAGGACGGAGCAGAAUCGGAUGAUCCGAGUUCCCCGGAGCCAGGUCCCAUCGACGAUUCCUCCGCGGCUGCCGGAGCAUGGAGUUUCGGCGGUCUCAUCAAGACUCUGAGCCAGAGGUCGGAAUCCGUGAUCGAGACCUACCGGCGCGAUCUCCAGGAAUUUGGUUCCGGUUUGAAGAAGGAAAUCGAGGUCGCUCAGGGAUCGCUGGAGACGGUCGGGCACGCCUUCGAUGAAUUCGGUAGCUCCGUUUUGAAAGGAACGGCUCAGAUCAUCGCGCAAGGUAAGGAUGCGAUUCUCGCUGUAGAUCAGGAAUCUGAUUCUGAUAAUAGUAAUAACCAGAACAACAGUAAUCAAAGAAGCUCCACUUCCAAGCCCUACAGCAGGUUCGAUGCUCAGGUUCGUUCGAUUCAAGGCGAUUUGGCCACCUACUGUGAGGAACCUGAAGAUUUGGAUGAUUUUGAUAAGUGGAAAUCGCAAUUCCAGCUGAAUGAUAAGAGCGAGGAAAUUGAGAACUUGCUUGAAGAAAAUGGAGCAAUUGAUAAUAUGCACAAAAAAGUUGUUCCWAAUGUUAUUGAUAAUGAAACUUUCUGGCAUAGGUAUUUUUAUAGAGUGCAUAAGCUUAAGCAAGCUGAGAAUGUCAGGGCCAAGCUUGUGAAGAGAGCUAUUGCAAGUGAAGAAGAGGAGGACUUGAGUUGGGAUGUUGAUGAUGAUGAUGAAGAGUACAGUAAGAUCAAUGCCGGGUCGAAAGGGGAUGCGGUGAAAGCUGSGAAGAGUGGGGAAGUGAGUGUCGGUGAGGUGGUGAGAGAGGAGAAUGUCGCCGAUGUGGGAUCGAAGGAGGAAAUGGGUGGCAAAGAAUCUGCUGAAGUUGUGAAGAGGGAUGUUCCUGUGGAGGAAUUGAAUGCAGGAAGUUCUGGUGGUGAUGAUAAUAAGGGGGAGAACAAGAGUGGUGGAAAUGGUGAGGAAUUAGAUGGAGAUAAAGGGUCUGAUCAAAAAGUCCAUUUGGAAGGAGGAUUGAGACCGGACGAGAAGGUUGYGCCUGUGGCGGAGGCCAAGUCUGAUCAUGGUGAAUCCUCCAAAGACAGUGAUGUUUCGAUUGUUUCGACACAGCCCUCGAUGCCCGAGGAAGAGGAUCUUGGGUGGGAUGAGAUUGAGGAUCUGAGCAGCAUUGAGGAAAAGAAAAUGAUAGUAACUCAAGGUGACAAAGCAAAUCGAGAGGAAAUGCGAAAACGGCUGAGUACAGCUGACGAAGACGACGAAGAUUUGAGCUGGGAUAUCGAAUGAAUGAACGACGAGACUGGUAAAGUAAAGGCUUUGAUAGAUCAAAUCUGUGGAUGGAAAGAAGGAUGGAAUGCAAGGUUAUGAACUAAAUUCCUAUGUUCUCUUUCAUAUUUUUUUUUUUUUCAAGUGUUAUUUCUUAUCAUUUAAAUGCAAUGUGCUGUGAUUAUUGUAUAUCUUCAAAACUGUCCUUGAAGGAAUCAUGUUCAAAAUUGUACUUCAUUUCCUAAUCAUAAGAGCUGAAUUCAUUUCCUUCAACA